GGUGGUACAAGAAGGCGUCUCGCAGCUGCUGAGGCGGAGGGCGCUGGCUCUCGUGUCCCGGGGUGUGCGAAGCGCAGUCGUACUUUCCCUUGCGCCCUUCCCGAGGGUAAUGGGGCUUCGGUACUGAACCCUCCUUUCCGUUCCUUCCUCGCCCGCACUCUCACCGGGAUUUAUUUGCACUAUUCAUAUCGCCGCCUCACUCACCCCGGGAACACUACUACUCAAGGUGAAGAACAAUAAUCUUCUUGAAACAGCACUCUGAAAAAAAUUACUUUCCUGUGGUAUUGAACUUUUUCUCAUUUUGUGGUUUGAAACGGAGACUUUGUAAUUCUGUGUUGUAGCAGCUAUGCAGCUUGAAAUACAAGUAGCACUCAAUUUUAUUAUUUCAUAUUUGUACAAUAAGCUUCCCAGACGACGUGUGAACAUUUUUGGUGAAGAGCUUGAAAGACUACUUAAGAAGAAAUAUGAAGGGCAUUGGUAUCCAGAAAAGCCAUACAAAGGAUCAGGGUUUAGAUGUAUACAUGUAGGAGAGAAAGUGGACCCAGUUAUUGAACAAGCAUCCAAAGAGAGUGGUUUGGACAUUGAUGAUGUUCGUGGCAAUCUGCCUCAGGAUCUUAGCGUCUGGAUUGACCCAUUUGAGGUUUCAUACCAAAUCGGUGAAAAGGGACCAGUGAAAGUGCUUUAUGUGGAUGAUUCGAGUGAAAAUGGAUGUGAAUUGGAUAAGGAAAUCAAGAAUAGCUUUAACCCAGAAGCCCAGGUGUUCAUGCCAAUUAGUGAGCCAGCAUCUUCUGUCACAAGUUCUCCUUCACCUCCUUUUGGUCAUUCUGCUACUGUGAGCCCAACCUUCAUGCCCCGGUCCACCCAGCCUUUAACUUUCACUACUGCCACAUUUGCUGCCACCAAGUUUGGCUCAACCAAAAUGAAGAACAGCAGCCGCACCAACAAGGUUGCCCGCACUUCUCCCACUAACCUUGGCUUGAAUGUCAAUGAUCUGCUGAAACAGAAAGCGCUUUCCUCCUCCAUGCACUCUCUUUAUGGUCUUGGCUUGGGUAACCAGCAGGUUCCACAACAACAACAACAGCAACCACCGCAACAGCAGCAGAAAACUUCUGCCCUUUCUCCUAAUGCAAAGGAGUUCAUUUUCCCUAAUGUACAGGGUCAAGGUAGUACAAAUAUGUUUCCUGGUGACAGUACCCUUAACCUUAGUCCUCUCCAGUACAGUAAUGCCUUUGAUAUGUUUGCAGCCUAUGGAGGUCUAAAUGAGAAGUCUUUUGUGGAUGGCUUGAAUUUCAGCUUAAAUAGCAUGCAGUACUCUAACCAGCAAUUCCAGCCUGUUAUGGCUAACUGAAACAAAAAACACAAAUCAUAUUGUACAAGUUGAAAUGCAUGUACCCAAGGGUGUAUCUUUUUCACCUCUUGAGUUUUUUAAAAAGCUUGUAGUAUGAAUACGGUCAAGCUUGGUUAGAUAAGGACAACAUGCAUCAUUUCUUUUUCAUUUGCCAACCAAGCACAAAGUUAUUUUUUACUGACUGUACAUUAAAUAUAUUCAAAAUAUGGCUUCUUAAAGUAUUUAAGAUAUAGCAAGGACAUGGCUGAUUUUUUUAUAUAUAAAAA